CGCCGCCACCAACGAUGAAGUGGUCGCUGUUCCUGCUUACGCUUCUGCUCUUGUGCGUGCCUCUUGAGUCCGUCUCGACGAACAAGCAAAAGAACGCGCUCGGGCAAGCCCGUCGCGCGGCGCUUGGCCAACACAAGAAUGCCCUCAGUAGCGCGCGCCGCGCUGCGCUGGGGCAAACCAAGACCGCGUCGAUGCCACGCAUGUUCAUGGCGGCUUCUUCCAAGCAAAUUCUGAAGAACCAAUGCCACGGCUAUGGCCUUGUGGCGUCCGCGAGUGGACAUCACCACGGCGUGUGCAACGAAUUCGCAUUGAUGCCGCAACCGACGUGCGCUUCCACUGGCGGCGUCUGCACAUCUUACAGACUUGUGCCGCCGCGCGAGGCCGGCUACGACCCGUCCGACAGCUACGAACCCAAAGCUUCCUCAGGCACUUCUCCAGAAUCAUCCACGUAUCCGCCCGUUCCACCCGUCGAAACGCCAUUCUCGUCGACAUCCGCGCCGGAGAUGCAUCCUGGCGGGUCCGGAAACUCCCCAUCCACGACCGUCAAGCCCGACAAUGCGAGUGGAGACAAUCCGGCUGACAAAAAGUCGGACGCGCUGUCUCCUGGCGCGAUCGCUGCCAUCGUGACCGGAUGUGCUGCAGUCGUCGGGUGUGCCGGCGUCCUGCUCUACAUGAAGAAGCGCCAGAAGAAGCGAGAAGAAGAAAUGUUCACCCAGGCCCACCACGACAUGGAGGAUCCGUCGCACACGGGAUAUGCCGCCAUGUAGCGCUCCUAUCCAAGCAAAAGCAUGGCGCGCCACGAUAACAUGUCCACGAUAUGGUUCAU